AUGAAACACCUCGUAUUUUUUAUAUUAGUAACCACAUACUUUGGGUUACACGAAGCAUGCGACAAAAAUCGUAUUGUAAUUCAUAACGAACUCGGUCCGGGUAGAAUUCUUGAGCUCCAUUGUCAUUCUCUAGAGAAUGAUUUAGGCGUCCAGAACUUAAACUUCAAUGCUACUCCAUAUGUCAUCGCGUUCCAUGACGAUGUGCUCAUUAGAACAGCAUGGAUUUCAUACAGAGCAAGAUAUAAUUUUAUUCCUCCUAACUGUGGCCAGAUACGUGUAUGGACGGCCAAACUCGAUGGGAUAUACUCAAAAAGCCUUGAUACACCACCCGGUUUAGCACUACGAUGGAAUAAAGCAUAA